UCAAAAUGGAGACCAGGGACAUCCUGGUCCCCGAGGAGCGCAUUAAAAUGUGCAGGGAGAUGCGGACCCGCCAAGUGGAGAACUACAAGAAGUUCAUGGCACUUCAAGAGCAGCAGCAGCCGCAGCCCCAGAGAUUGUUUCCACGGAAACCCAACAAAAAGGGAACAACUGUUCAUUUUCACAGCAGUUACAUUUUGCAGUCAGCAAUAGAAGAAGUGGAUGGAAAACAAGUUUUGACAUUGUUGAAUACUGGAGCUGAUUAUAACUUUAAGACAGGAAAUGGAUCGUCUUUACUGCACAAGUGCUGUGCAGAAGGGAAUGUAGCAAUGGCAGAGCUGUUGGUCUUAAAAGGAGCUGAUGUCAAUGCAGCAGACGAUGACUGGUGGACUCCUUUGCACGUGGCCUGCUAUCAAGACAACGCAGACAUUGUCCAGCUGCUUUUGACAAACGAAGCCGACCUGUCGUUGAUGGACGUGGACGGCAACUUUCCCAUCGACCACGCGCCGCAACACACUGACUCCUGGGAAACAAUCAUAAGCUUCAUGGAGGCAAAAGGUUUAACCGAGAGAAAAAUGAAGAAGCUGAGGCAGCUGAGGGGUCGUCAGGUUGAGGACGAGGUUCGAGCCAUCAUUCAAACAUCUAGGGACGUCAGCAAGGCUGUGACUAGCGAUGGAGUGACCUUUCUUCACAUGGCAUGUGCUAAUGGCUAUACUAAGUGUGGACAACUGCUUUUGAAACAUGGCGCUCAAGUCAACGCCGUCACCACCAGCGGCUGGACUCCACUACAUUGUUCUGCCAAAUUUUGCCAGGCAAAGAUGGUCGAGCUGCUUCUUAAACACGGAGCGGACACAAGUUGUGUAAACCACGAGGGUAACACUGCCCAGGAUGUGGCUAUGGGAGAGGAGAUACAGAAGCUGAUAAGAAAAGCGAGGUGUGCGGAGAGGAAAUCAGCCACUGGGGGUGGAAGUAUGGAGGAAACUGCAGACGGAGAGGAGGAACACAGCGGGUCCGUCAGCAGAAUUAUGCGUCCAUUCCGCCUUCCUUUAUCAAAAGCAGACCGUCUCAUGGAAGGACAAACUCUCUUAUAUGGAGGAACAUUCAUGACCCUGGAGACUGGUCAACCGGAUAUCGAUCUAUCGUCUACUCAGACUUCAAGAAAAGAAGAAACUGUCGUUGACGACGAUAACGACAGUUAUAAACAAGUCUUCAUCAGUUCUGUCUACAGUAUGCAUAGUUCUGAGAAGGGUGAACUGCCUUUGCCGGGAACAGACGACGAUUUAAGUAAGCUUCCUUCGUUGUCCGAGGAAAUCAUUCUUGAUGCUAUUCUACAGCGAUAUAGCAGGAGUCAGAUUUAUACUUAUAUCGGAGAUGUUAUCAUUGCUGUUAACCCUUUCACUGAACUCCCUUUGUACGGCCAAUGGGCGUCAAGAAUCUUUCGCAGACAUGACCCGGGGAUGUCACUUCCGCCCCACAUCUAUGCGGUGGCAGAGCGUGCUCGUCGGGCGCUGCUGUCGUCACAGACUGACCAGUGCUGCGUCAUUGGAGGCGAGAGUGGCGCGGGCAAGACGGAGACCUGCAAGCUGCUGGUGCAGCAUCUGAUGAACUCCUCCGCUAGUGUCGAGCAUCGUCUGAACGAGAAACUACAUCAGGCAAAUCCACUGCUGGAGGCCUUUGGUAAUGCCCAGACUACACGAAAUCACAACUCCAGUCGUUUUGCUAAAUACAUGGAACUCAUCUUCGCUCCUGACGGAUGCGUGCUGGGAGGCCAUGUGCACGAGUACCUGUUGGAGAAGUCAAGGGUUGUCCAACAGGGUCCAGGGGAGGGCAACUUUCACAUUUUCUACUGGAUGCUAAAUGGAACUACACCUGAAGAGAAAUCUCAGCUUUUCUUGGAGCAUAAUAACUUUAAGUACCUCAGGAAUAGUGUUCCCCAAGAAGUUAAGGCAGACAAUCAGCAGAAGCUACUGGAAAUCAAAGAGUGCAUGAAGUUAAUUGGUUUCUCACAGAAUGACCUCACAAACAUGUUAAGUACACUCGCUGCUGUGCUGCAUCUGGGUGAUGUCACUUUCUUUGAGUCUGAUGAUACAGGUGGUGCCAUGGUCAUUGACUCUUGUAUACUGACUAGAGUGUCAAAGCUUCUGCAAGUGCCAUUUGAGGAUUUGGUGUCAGCACUGACUGUGGAUGUUCUUAUGGCCAGAGGGGAAGAAUUACGAAAGACUCUAAGUGUGGCCCAGGCAUGUGACAAUAGGGAUGCUCUGGCCAAGGCUUUGUACAACCGUCUCUUUUCUUGGAUAGUGAACGGCAUUAACCAGUUAGUUGCACCUCUGGAGGACUCCCCUGACAAGAAGCUCUGCUUUGGCAUCCUAGACAUUUUUGGCUUUGAGAAUCUGGAGAAAAAUGACUUUGAACAGAUGUGCAUCAACCUGGCCAAUGAGCAGAUGCAAGUAUUUUAUCAGCAGCAAGUGUUUCAGCAGGAGAUAGCUGACUGUCUGGCUGAAGAAGUGCCUCCCGUUGAAGUCACUUUUCCCUCUGGUCAAGAGGUGGUGGAUGUCUUUAUGCAGAGAAACACUGGUAUUUUUGACCUCCUAGAUGAAGAGAGCUGCUUCCCAAAGGCAACUGACAAAACUCUGGCAACCAAACUACAUAACAGCCUAGGAAAAAAGUACAACAGGGUAUACAAGAGUCCAAAGUCUGGUGGCACCAGUUUUACCAUUGUCCACUAUGCAGGCACUGUUCAGUAUCAUCUGGCUGGGGUCUUGGAAAAGAAUCGUGAUACACUCCACAGCUCACUCACCUUUGUCAUGCAAAGUAGUGACAACAUGCUGGUAAAGGAGAUUUUUCAGUCAGCUGUUACCAGAACUGGUUCCAUAUCACCUAGUGCACGACAACGCAUCACUCGCAAGAUAAAACCCUCUUGCUCUCCUUUCGAGUUCUUCAAAAGAUUUCACAAAUCAAAACAAGGACCAAAAAAGAUGAAAGAGGUAGCCAAUUUGAAAACAAAGAAAUCAUCAACACUUACUUUCCAUUUCCAGAACUCCCUGAAGGAGAUGGUGACCAAGCUGGAGUUCUCAGCCCCUCAUUUUGUGCACUGCAUCAAGCCAAACCAAACUUUGGAGGCGUUGACGGCUGACCGGAAGUAUGUUUCCAUCCAGCUUUGCUAUGGAGGCAUUCUUCAGACUGCUAUAGUGCGUAAGGAUGGCUAUGCUGUCAGAUGCAGCUUUCAGGAGUUUGUGGAAAAGUACCCUGCAUUAAUCAUGUUCCAAAAACCAAAGAAGCCCAGAAGUGACUACCAACAGCAGUCAGCGGCACUGCUCAGCACCUUCUCAAUCCCCAUCUCUCAGGUAGGCUGUAACAAAGUGUUUCUGCACUUGCACCAAGCGAGAGAACUAGAUGCUCAUGAAGCAGCCCUGAAUGUAAAGGUCAUCAUUACUCAGUCAGUUGUCCGUAGAUUUUUGGCUAGACAUCUUGCAAGCAAACUUCGCAAAUCCAGAGAAGUUUAUACACAGAAAGAGCUGUCUCAAAGAGAGGUAAAGACCACAACAGAAGAUACAAGUCCAGAAGAAGAGUUAAUAGCCAAAGAAAAUGAAGAGGAAGAGGAAUCAAUAUAUGGUCAUGUAUUUGAUGAUGACCAAGAGAUUUUUUUGAGGAAGAAGCCCAGAGACAGGUUGACUGGAGUUCCAGCAGAUGUUCAGCACUCAUUAGAUUUUCUUGAUGAUGUCAUCAGGGAAUUUACCUCCAACACAAGAGAGCUUGAUUUGAAACAGGAUAGUGAUGAUGCUGAUGGUGAGGAUGAUGCAUACCAGGAUGCUGUGUCCCUAUACUUGCACCAGACUAGUAGAAAGAGUGACAGUGAGCACAGAGGGGGACCUUCUCAUAGUGAGCAGCUAACACAAGAGUUUGAAAUGAACCGCAAACACAAUCACAACAGUCUCCAUCUUCACCAGCAGCAUCAGCAGUAUUAUUCUCAGGAUGUGCUGCAUGACCCACCUACCCGUGCCUUUCCCCCUCUCCGAGGGAGAUGUAUUCACAUGCAGCUGUCUGCAAUCUUGCCACCCCUAAUGGCCAUCAGCUUGCAGGAUCUGGGAGCAGACGGGCUCCACCUGCUGUUCCCGAGCGCAGUCCAGGACACCCAUCUAACAUCUCAGCCACACUCCAGCCGCAAAUCUUCUAUUUCAAGCCGGGAAUCAACUUCAUCAUCUGACCUUUGCAACGAAGUGAACGAAGUAUUUGAUGCUAGUCCUCAGCAUAGUUACCAGCAUCAUCAGCAUCAUCACCAGUACAACCCUGCCACAGCUACCAACAGUCGCUUUGUUGACAGUCGACCGUUUUCUUAUGCAGCAGGGAUAGACCCAAGGGUACUGCAGCAAAGGCAGCAGUGUACAAAUUCUCCUGUAAACAACAACAGGUCACGUGUGGUUUCGGAAGGUUUUGCUGCUGGUGACAUGUCAUACAGUGAUACACAAGGACGUGGUUUUCAACCUUAUGGAGAGCCUGAAAGCUGGCAUGUUGACAGUGGCAAGCAUGGCUCUGGUGAUAGUGGCUUUGGUUUGAAUGGACAUGCUCAUGGAGCACCUCCUGCAAGUCAUGCAGGUGGACCAGCAUCCGUGUCACACAGCAUGCUGUAGCCUCUGGACCAGCUUAUUUGACUCCAGGACACUGUCA